CUCCUUCAUAGUACCUACUCAUGCCUUCCCCCCCCUUCCUCCAUGGAGUCUGAUCAGAUCAAAGAACGUCUUGACUUGAGGAAUACAUAUGUGGGAAUCAUCCGGGUCCUAGACUCUCAACCACAGGCUGCUUAUUCUCGAGAUGAGCUCAUUCAUAUGAAAAUCCUGCUUGAGUCGUUCGAUUUUGAUGAUCCUAUCUUUCUCAACUCCCAUGCUUGUCUAUUCGAACCUCUCUCACUGCAGACUCUAGAAAAAUUCGCUAUCAUAGAGUCUGGCCUUGAAGGUCCAGGGGCUCAGGGCUAUUACUUUGACUUUGAUGAUCAAAUCUAUGAGGACCCUACAGGUCCAGCGAAAAACCCGCCUGCUACCUAUGUUAUGGCAGAGAGAGCAGACCAAAUCUUUAGCCACCUGAAGAGUUCUUUAUAAUCAUUAUCGAAAGAGAAGUCGUCGCGAAGACGUUUGGUUCGACGAAGUCUCUGGCUGGUAUGAAAUCAGAGAGGGGAACUCCUUUCUCAGGGGCGCAAAAGGACUCCAACUUGGCCUUUAUCAUGGAGUUCCAGAUGGGAAUACUAUACUGUCUCUCAGCGCAAAUCACAGGAUGAGGAUACAGAAAUAAUCCAUCCAUAUCUCAUGCUUAUACUAGGUGCCUAUUAUUUUUGGGCAUUCCUACUCUCCACAUACUACUACUGACGUCCAGCUGAAGGUAGC